AUGUUGAACGAAUGGUGUCAUCGGCGAGAAGAUUCUAUACAAGGGAUCCAGAACAUCCGACGGGAGCGGGACCGAGAACGUGGUGCGGUAACGAAAACAAAGCGGUCGCACGCGAGCCAAAGGCCAUCGCCGAGCGCAAAAUUUGAAAUUCGAAAACGGAGAACAAAAAGCGAGGGAAAGGGCCGACCGACGCCGCGUGCCCACCCAGUCCGCUGGCUGCUAUGCCGCUCCGCAGCGGCCCCUAGCGAAUACCGCCAAUUCCUUCGCUACACGUGCCCCGGACCGAUAGAGCUUAAAGCCCCAACAACAUCCGCCCAAUUCCGCACCCUUCGCACGUCGACA